UAUGCUGUGUUAUUGAUGGCAUACCUCGUCUACUUCGGCUUCAGCAUGUACCACUCCUUCGGUGACGAAGGAUCAGUGAGGUUGCUGAUAGGAACAAUAUUCCUUCUUCUUGUCAUCGUUAAGGUGAACUUCUGGACACGGAUACGUCGGUGCCUCAAUGUAUGUCCAAGGAAAGGACAAGACAGCUUUCAGACGUAUCCUUCCUUGACAAGAGGGAUAAGAUGGAUGCUAUAUGUUGCUAUGGUGAUAUUUGUUGCAUCCUACAUGGCGGUCCAGUCCUGUCCAAGGAACCUCGUAUCAGUGGGAGGUCUCGCCUUCUUCAUCGUCGUUGGUUUCAUCAUCUCAAAGCAUCCGGAUAGAGUAAACUGGCAUGCAGUAUUCUGGGGAAUUGGCACUCAGUUCCUCUUUGCCUUUUUGAUAUUACGAACAAGUUCAGGCUACAGAAUAUUCUACUGGCUUGGAGAAAGAAUUGAAGAAUUUUUGAAACAUACGGACAAGGGCUCUGCAUUUGUGUUUGGUCAAUCCUACAGAGACCAUAAGUUUGUGUUUGCCGCAAUGCCGCUGGUGAUCACAAUGAGCGCCACAGUGAAUGUGUUGUACCAUUACGGGGUUCUCCAGGCGUUUGUGGCCAACUUUGGAUGGUUGCUGACCUCCUGUCUCGGCACAAGUCCUAUUGAAUCCGUGAACGCUGCAUUCAACAUUUUUCUUGGUCCCCCAGAAGCACCCAUACCCGUGAAACCAUUCCUGAGCAUCAUGACGUCAUCCGAGAUGCACGCCAUCAUGGUGGCGGGGUUUUCUAGUAUUGCUGGGAGUGUGUUUGGGAUGCUUACAAGCUUUGGCGCUCCGGCAAAUCACCUUCUUGCUGCCUCCAUCAUGUCUGCUCCUGCUGCUCUGGCCAUGGCCAAACUCACGGUACCUGAGACGCGCUGGACCAAGAUUAAGCCCAAGGAUGCCUACACUAUCAAGACAAGCAAGUUCCGGAACGUGGUGGAGGCGUUGUCAGUGGGAGCAGUUGAUGGCAUAAAGCUUGUCGCCACCAUCGUGGUCAACCAGAUCAUCUUCAUCGCCGUCAUACACUUCAUUGACACGACCAUGCUGUGGCUCGGAGAAAGGGCCGGUUUCCAUGACGUCUCAUUUACGCUGAUUUGUUCCUACCUUUUCUACCCACUGACCUACCUCAUGGGGUUCUCGAGUUCAGAUCUCUUCAAGAUGGGCGAACUGCUGGGAAUCAAGAUAUUCGCAAAUUCAUUUGUGGGAUUUCGUGAGUUUGGUAAACUUGUGCUGAACCGUGUCGAUCUGGAAGAGUACGUGACUUCAACAAACGGAAGCUGGCACUGGGAGGGAGGCAACGUCAUCCUGGAUUCGACCAACAGAACCCUGAUUGGAGGAAUACUCACAAGGCGGUCUGAGGUUAUAAGCACGUAUGCCAUGUGUGGUCUGAACCAUCUGGGUGCUGUGGGCGUCACUAUGGGCGUCCUCACUGCCCUGGCACCCAGCAGGAAGGAUGUCAUCAGCAAGUAUGUCGUCAGAGCUAACAUCACUGGACAGAUAGCCUGCUUCAUGACGGCGUGCAUUGCAGGGAUGCUGUACAGCCAGGACAAUGUGUAGCAGUACAGGCAUGUCGCGCCAUGGAUGGUACGACUUGUCGUGAACGCCCUCAUGGGACACCAUCAAGGAUGAUGACAAUAGAAAGCCCUGCACAUGU